UGUUUGUAUCUUCUAUUCUCUGUUAUAGCAUUAGGAGGAGUUUGGAGAUUAAUUUGUGGGCAGAUCAGAGCGACGACCCAAGGCCAGCCAUAUUCCUCCAAGCCAUGGCAACCAAAGAACAAGUGGUAAUAGUAGUGGGAGCUGGGCCAUCGGGGCUUGCAACUGCAGCAUGCUUGAACAGCCUUUCCAUUCCAAACAUAGUCCUUGAGAGAGAAGAUUGUUUUGCUUCCUUGUGGAAGAAAUAUUCCUACGACCGCCUUCAUCUUCACCUGGCUAAACAGUUCUGUCAACUUCCUCUCAAGCCGUUCCCGACCACCUACCCGACUUACGUGUCCAGAGACCAGUUCUUGCGUUAUCUAGACGACUACGUCUCCCAUUUCAACAUUUGUCCCUUGUACCAAAGAUCGGUGGAGUCGGCGCAGUACGAUGAAGCCGCCGAAGAAUGGAUUGUCAAGGCGAGGAAUUUGGGUUCUUCCGAUCCCGAGCAGAUGGAGGAGUAUUCCAGCAAGUGCUUGGUGGUGGCCACGGGAGAAACCACCGAUGCAUUCAUCCCGCAGCUUGAAGGUCUCAACACUUACCUGGGCGAGGUCAUCCACAGCACCCGAUAUAAAAACGGCAAGUCCUAUGAAAACAAGAAUGUUUUGGUUGUGGGGUCUGGAAAUUCUGGUAUGGAAAUUGCAUUUGAUCUAUCAAACUACGGUGCGAAGACCUCCAUCGCCGUCCGUAGCCCUCUUCACAUUCUGUCAAGGGGAAUGGCAAACAUGGGACUGGUUUUGUUGAAAUAUGUUUCUCUGAAUGCGGUUGACUCGCUGUUGUUGAUGCUGAGCAAGCUGUGGUACGGAGGAGACUUGUCCAGGUACGGAAUCAAAAGGCCAGAGGAAGGUCCCUUCACCAUGAAAGUCAAGUAUGGCAAAUACCCCGUCAUUGACAUUGGGACCUAUCAGAAAAUCAAAUCCGGCGAGAUUCAGGUAGUGCCGGCAGUAGCAAGUCUUGGGGGCAAUGAUGUGGUGUUUGAGGAUGGCAAGUCUUACCCAUUUGAUGCUAUUAUUUUUGCAACUGGCUUUAAGAGAUCGACGAAUAAGUGGCUCCAGGGGGCUGAUUAUCUCCUGUCUGACGAUGGACUUGCAAAACCUGCCUUCCCUAACAACUGGAAGGGUACCAAGGGAUUGUACUGCGCUGGUUUGGCCAGAAGAGGAUUGUAUGGAGCUGCUCUGGAUGCCCAAAGCAUAGCCAAUGAUAUCAAACGGGCUCUACAGAUGUGACUGCUCGAUAUCCAGAUUUAUAAUUACAACAUGUUGCAAAAUUUGUUACUAAGGUUUACAGAGAGUGAAACUGUUAAAUGGUUUUGGGAAACACAUCAAGAUUCACAGAUAAUAAGAGAGUUAAUUAUUAUUA